GCAUGCGCACUGGGUACGCAGUCUGUACGUACGUAAGCGCGCGGCGCGAAACGGUGCGGAAGCUACCGUGCCGGUACCGGCACGUGGGCUCCGGCGAAAUGGAGGGGGCGAUGCAGGCUGACGCCAAGGUCUGCAGUGAGGCUGGAAGUUCCAGCCCUCGAGGUCCCGGCUGUAGCCUCCGGCACUUUGCUUGUGAACAGAACCUGCUGUCUCGGCCGGAUGGCUCUGCUUCUUUUCUGCAAGGUGAUACCUCUGUCCUGGCGGGUGUGUAUGGGCCAGCCGAGGUGAAGGUCAGCAAAGAGAUCUUCAACAAGGCCACGCUCGAAGUGAUCCUGAGACCAAAGAUCGGGUUGCCUGGUGUAGCAGAGAAGAGCCGGGAGCGGUUGAUCAGGAACACGUGCGAGGCGGUGGUGCUAGGAGCGCUGCACCCACGCACCUCCAUCACGGUGGUGCUCCAGGUAGUCAGCGAUGCAGGCUCCCUCCUGGCCUGUUGCCUGAAUGCUGCCUGCAUGGCAUUGGUGGAUGCAGGUGUGCCCAUGCGAGCCCUGUUCUGCGGGGUCACCUGUGCCCUGGACUCUGAUGGGAUCCUGGUGCUGGACCCCACAGCCAAGCAAGAAAAGGAGGCGCGAGCAGUCCUGACCUUUGCUCUAGACAGUGUGGAACGGAAGCUACUGAUGUCCACCACCAAGGGGCUCUACUCUGAUGCCGAGCUCCAGCAGUGCCUGGCUGCCGCCCAGGCCGCCUCACAGCACGUCUUCCGCUUCUACCGGGAAUCGCUGCAGAGGCGCUACUCCAAGAGCUGAGGCCAGCCGCACAGGGCGCCCUUCCCACCGCCACCAUCUUCAGGCUGGAGAAAGCCAGUGCCCAGCCUCCCCUCUCUGUCCAGGGUGCCUGUGUGGCCUUCGGCACCACAGCUGCAGGGCUUCUAUUGAGGUGGGAGGGGCUUGGCCCCUGACAGUCGGCCUAGGUUAUAGACCCCUCCUCCCAAGGACAGCAUUAAAAGGAGUCCCCCGUGUUGAUGAAUGUGUUGGUAUGCACUCAGUGUCCAGCUGAACACCUACUGCAUCAAGCCCUGCUGGGUGCUGAGAACCUGGCAGUGAACCACAGACCCUGGGCUUGUGUUCUAGAAGCAGUGGGGUGAGGAAACAAAAAAAUUGCUGGUAAAUGUGACAAAAACAAGAAAUAAGGAAUGAGACUGGGAGAGUCAUUUGGGGAGAGGCAGAUGUAAUACAUGAAUGGAGACACCAAGCAGGGGAGCCUUGCAGGAGGAAAGGGAACAAGUUCUUGUGUAACAGGAGAGAGUGCCCCAAGGACCAGCCAGGCAGCCAGUGUGGUGAGUGGAAUGAGAAGGGCAGGAAAGGGAGACAACAUGAACCAGGGACCCUGUGGGACCUUGUGAGCCACAGGAGGAAUCUGGCCGAGUGCUGCUUUAACCCACCAGCAACCCCAUGAGGUGGGGCUCAUUUGAAGAUGAGGAAAUAAGCUCAGAAGCCAGUUAGCUGCCGAGGUCACCAGCUAGUUAGCAGAGGAACAAGCAUCCCCCCACCCCAGUCCAGUCUCAGAGCCCUUCCUGUUUAGAUAAAACCCAGGGACCCCAGGAAGAUCUGCAGGCUGGGUAUCACUCCUCUGUAAAUAGCAGUUGAGGCUCACGAUGCCCAGUCGGGUGGUGGCACCCAAGGGUUUUGGAGGUCAUGGGCAUCCUUGCCUUUUGACUGCUCCCCAGCAGUAUUUAGUGUUUGCGGGGAGCUUAAGAGCAACUAGGCCCCAUGGGCUGGGUCUGCAAACCCCUGGGAUAGGGGGUUUCGUGAGUCUUGACCCUCUACUAUUUGCUUCACAUGCUUGAGUUAGCUCACAGAAUCCCCACUUGCCCCCCUGGAGCGUCUUCAUCCUCCUGUAACCAGGAAGGAAAUGCACAGAUAUCUUUAGCUUGAAAUUGUGCUCUGUUAGAUGCUCUGGGAAAGCUGUUUUCUAGCAAAAUCCAUCAAUGGCAUUAAACAGUGAGAAGACUUAA